GUGAGCUCAACCAGUCGCACGCACAGGGCCGCGCGAGGAGACCCUCUGCUCGGUUCCCUGCUCCUCGCCUUACCCCAUGGCUGCGUCGCGCCCAGCCCAUGCUCGCUAGACGAGCUCUCCCCAGCCGCGUUGGCUCCCCUGCUCGCCCCUGCUUCUCCCUUCGGCCAACCGGAUCUCUCUCCUUCCCCGCGCGCAACCUUCUGUCGGCUUCCUGCUCCCGGGUCUGGAGCUUCCAUGGCGUCGUGGUUUCCUAUCUUCCAUCCCCUUUGUUCCCUGCGCCCAAGUUUUAUUUUCCCUUGCCAUGGCCGCACCCCUCAAGCUCCUGCGCCGCGCUGGGCUCUCUGCUUGAGCGCGCGCCCCUGCUUCCCUGUUCUCUAUUCCCGCGCCGGAUUUCCAGCGGGCUCCCUCUCCCACGGUCGUCUCCUUCCCCUAGCAAUUGGCUGCCGCUGCAUCACGCCCAGAAAGCGCUCGACCACCGUUCCUAGCUUCGGCUUCUUCAGUCUGCCCCGGCUCGGCGCUUGGACACCGGGUCCACUGUGCUCAUCCGUGCCCCGGACUCCAUGGCGUUCUCGCCUCCAUGCUAGCCCCAGCCGAGUCCUUUUUCUCAUCGAGCUCGCCCUCAACUCGACAGCGUCGUCGAGCCCGUCAUUUUCCUCGUCCAGUACUCGGGUGGCCUUGCCCGAACCGCGCUGCCAUCUCCCAACCGUCUCCUUGUUGUCGUGCUGCCAGCACUCGCCCAGCUUCCUUGUUGGCCGCACGUCUACACUCUACUCCUACCGGAUGUCGCGCCCGUCAGCCGGUCGUCGUUUAGGCAAAUAUUAAAUCGAAUUGAGACGUGGUACGUUGAUUAACCGCGUGCCGCAGAAAACGAGCGGAGUCGACCACAAGAUGUCGCCGCGCGUGAGCUUCUCCACAAGAUGGUGCUGAUGAACGAACCAGAAGAUGGAUAAACUAAACGAGUGCCAAGGCAAAGGAUGGUCGCCAAGUGGUCGCCACCUAACAAACACUAACCUAGUGUUUCUUCCAGGCAAGCCCCGGUGCAUGCAACCCCUUCCUUGUGUUUUUAAAUAAAUUUUGCACACUUUAAGUCUAGUGAAAUGUGCAUUAGGUUUAUAGGAGUUGCUUGGAAACCCUUUGAUGCAUUGCCUUCCUUGAUAUCCAUACCUUUAUAGAUACUUCCUUGUGAAGUAUCAAAAUAUAAUUUAC